UUUCAUGUUCCAUUUCACAUAUUUCAGCUAAUUAUAAUUUUUUCAGUUCUUUUGUCCGAAUAAUUAAUGUUUAUUUUUAUGGUUAUUACUGCAUUACUUUUAUAUUUUUAUUUUAUUUUAUACUCCCUCCGGAUCAAAAAGAGUGUCCACUUAGCCAUUUGCACAUCCCUUAAGAAAAUACUAACUCCUAAUUUUUUUUAGGUAAUUUGACUAAACUGCCCCUAAUUAAAUAGGUAUUGGGGUUUGAUCACAUAGCACUUAAUAGGGGCAAAUUUGGAAAAAUAAGGUUAAUUCUUUCUUGAUUUGAUAAGUGGACACUCUUUUUGAUCCAAGAAAAAAAGGCUAAGCGGACACUCUUUUUGAUCCGGAGGGAGUAUUCAUUAGCGCCUUGUUGGUAUGCCUUACCUGAGCCGAGGGUCUAUCGGGAAUAACCUCUCUACCUCACAAGGUAGGGCUAAGGCUGCAUACACACCACCCUCCCCAGAACCCACUUGUGCGAUUCCACUGGUUAUGUUGUUGUUGUAUUCAUUAGCGCCUUUUCCCCUCACUAAAGCCCACACUUUAGUUAUGCUUUGUGCUUAAAGCAUCAAUAGAUUGUGGUGCUUUUGUAUGCUUUUCACCUUUGACAGCUUUGCUUGUAUGGGACGGUUUAACAUAUUGUCUCUAUCGGGUUCAUUUAUGCUGUCUGAGAUCGAUGGUCAAAGGGAGAGAACAGGUGGAAUGAAUGUAUUAUUUGCUGGACCUGAUGGACGGGUUGUAGGUGCUGUUGUGGCUGGUGUUCUAACUGCUGCAUCACCAGUUCAGGUUGUCCUAUUCGCUGCAGAUGCCCCGGAAGUGCCAAAAUCAGCAAAUCAUUCUGAGGCGUCACCUGCUCCGUUGAAUGCCAAUCUUAGUGGUAUGACGGGGUCCGAUAAACCACCAUCAAGUGGCACGAGUGAAUCAUCGGUGUAAUUGUACUUAUGCAGAAAUAAGGACCACAGGCACUUUUAACCUUAGUUUAAAUACUGGUGAGAAGUGCUAAUUUGCUGAUGCUAGUAUUCUGCAUUUUCUGUCUUGUGAACUUAGCUUUUUGUGUUUUAUUUAUCAUAGGACAGCGUCUGGCUUUCUUGUUCUGCUUUAGCUGUUAUAAUGUGCUGCUAUCUAAAGAUGACUUUCAACAUUAGCCAUCUUCAAUUUAGAGUGAA